AUGGACACUCUUUCACGCAUCGCUGUCGAUCCAAGGUAUCGCGAUGUGUUGACCAUCGUCAAAGGCUUUCGCAAUGGCGUCGUUUAUGGUGCUCGCAUUCGCUUUCCUCAUGCUUUGGUCAUGUCGUUUCUCUUCAAGUCGGGCUCUCUCCAAAGCAAGUUUCGACACAUUUUAAAGGCCACUCGACAACAUGCUUGGAAUCUCGGCCUGUUUGCCACCAUCUACAAGAGUGCCAUGUUUAUACAAAAGAAGCUAAAUGGUAACAAGGACGCUGACGUUCAUCCAUUCAUCGCCGGAUUGUUGGGAGGAUAUUAUGUCUUUGGUACAAACAACAGCAUCAAUCAGCAGAUUGUCUUGUAUGUAUUCGCUCGCGUCGUGAUGGCAUUAGUCAAGAUACCCGUCAAACGUCAAAUCAUCGACGCACCACACCACACAUACCCAGUCUUUGCAGCUGUAUGCUGGGGCUUGGUCAUGUACCUCUUCAAGCACGAUGCUGAUACCCUGCAGCCAUCUCUACGUUCAUCUAUGCAGUAUAUUUACAAGGAUUCAGAUCACUGGGAUUCUCUGCGUACGUUGAUCUGGCACAACAAGUAG